CUGCGAGCCGUCGAGUCGAGAGGACAGCGAGAGAGAGGAGAGAGAGCGCCCCCACCCGCCGCGGCCUAGGCGGCGCUACGCGGCCCGCGCGAUCUGCGACUCGCGCGCGUCCCCCUCCCCCCACCACCCUCGCCUCCCCUCCAGCAGCGCCCCCCGCUAGAGUCUCCCAUUGUGUGUCCGCGCGCCACAUCGCGCCCCCGCAAAUAACAAGAGUAAUUCCCUCUCGCUGCCGCGUCGUCCUGGACGCUCCUCCGGACGCUCCGGAGGAGGAUGUUUGUUUACGUGACUGUCGCGGCCGUGCGGCGGACGGCGGCGGGCGGGCGCGGCGGCGCCUAGAGUGACAGAGCUCCGAGGACUGUGUGCUGCUGCGCGCCUUUGUUCUCUGCUAUCGGCGAGAAAGGGGAGGAUGGACGUCGCGGCCAACGGCACCUUGGACCUGGCCGGCCUGGGGCUGAGCCUGGGCGGCCUCGUGGACGCGGAGCCGUGGAACGCGAGCGCGGACCCGUCGGCGGCGGGGCCGUGGCCGCCGCCCAACAUGACGCUCGAGCACUACCUCGAGAGGAUGCGCGGCCCCAAGCACCUGCCCCUCACCGUCGUCUGGCCGCUCACCGUCAUCUACGUCGUCAUCUUCGUGACGGGCGUCAUCGGCAACGUGGCCGUGUGCGUCGUCAUCGUGCGCAACGCGUCCAUGCACACCGCCACCAACUACUACCUCUUCUCGCUGGCCGUGUCGGACCUAGCGCUGCUGCUGCUAGGCCUGCCCUACGAGCUGAGCGUCUACUGGCAGCAGUACCCGUGGACUUACGGCGAGGUGCUGUGCAAGUUUCGAGCUCUCGUGUCCGAGAUGACCUCGUACACCUCAGUGCUGACGAUCGUGGCUUUCUCCUUGGAGCGCUACCUCGCCAUCUGCCACCCGCUGCAGAGCUACCGGAUGUCGGGGCUGCGCCGGGCCGUGCGCAUCAUCGCCGUGCUCUGGAUCGUGUCCUUCGUGGCGGCGCUGCCCUUCUCCGUCCUGUCCACCGUGCACUACCUGGAGUGGCCCAUAGGGUCCGGUCUUCUGGCACCCGAGUCGGCCUUCUGCGCCAUGCUGGACUCGUACAUGGUGUACGAGACGUCGUCGCUGCUCUUCUUCCUGCUCCCGAUGCUCGUCAUGGUGGUCAUCUACGGCCGCAUCGGCUCCAAGAUCCGAUCGCGCGGCCGACACUCGCUCGGCAAGCGGGUCGAAGGCACGAUGCACGGGGAGACCAAGCAGACCCAGACCCGGAAAGCUAUCAUCCGCAUGCUAAGUGCCGUGGUGAUCGCGUUCUUCCUGUGCUGGGCGCCGUUCCACUCUCAGAGGCUGGUGUACCUGUACGGCCAGGACCUGCCGCACUUCGCCGAGAUCAACGCGUGGCUCUACUACGUGACGGGGGUCUUGUACUUCUUCGGCUCCACCGUCAACCCCAUCCUGUACAACCUGAUGUCGGUCAAGUACCGCAUGGCGUUCCGAGAGACGCUGUGCGGCAGCCUAUCGCCGUCCGCGGCCGCCGCCCGGGGCGGCUUCCGGGAGCAGAGCAGCUUCCGGGACACCUCAGUCCACCAGGUUGGUGAGAGCGGCAACGGCGUCAAGUGGCACCAUCGCGGCGGUAACGGCACGGCGGCCGGCGGCUCGACCCGGCGCUUCCAGCGUCACGGCGUCCACAGCCUCGGGCCGGCCGUCGUCGUCGCGCCGCCCGCCAGCCCCCAGGCCGCCCAGCUCCUGGAGAACGGCAGCGUGCUGGAGCCCCACUGGAAGGACCCCGCCGACCCUGCGAGGGUGGCCGCCGACGUGCUCCUGGACGUGGACGUCGUGGACGGCGACGCCGACGGCGUGGGCGCGGACUUGGACGGCUGUCAGUCGGUGGACGACGGCGACGCCGGCUCGGAGCUGGUGGUGAUGAUCUCCCCCGCACACCGCAAGCCCAGGGUGUACGCCGUCGGGAAGGUGUCUCGGAAGUGGCCCAAGGUGCUCAUGCUCAAGGUGGCGCGGAAGCAGACGCCUGCGGCCGAAGCCGUCCCCGCGCAGCACCCGGCAGCGGCGACAGCUCAGCAGGGCGAGACGUGCAUCUGAGGCUGACCAGGCUGACGCGUGGGCGGCUAUACUCCGUCAUGGCGGAGACACUGGAACAGGGGGUAGUGACCCGCCUCCAUCGAGCGCUGCUGCCGCUGCUGCACCGAGACAGACAGUGAAAUGCACGAAUGUGUCGCGUAAUUGAUACCACCAAGUCUCGGUAUUAUUGUGAUACUAAGUGAAUCAAGUGCCCACAAAUGGUGAUAUAGGUGGGGUUUCUGUAAUUGUUCUUUAAAUAGUCCCGACAAUUUCAAUACACGGUGGCUGACAUCAUUGAACUUGCCUUCCUAAUGGCAGAGCUACCCAUGCCAAAGUUAUUUAAAAUUAUUCCAGGGAAGCUCAGUUAGUAACUUACUUUUUCUUGUUAGGUAUGGGCGGGUACUUGUAUGUCGGCAGUGCUUAGCGCUUUCUAUUCCAUGUGCUUCCUCGUACAGCUGUGAAUUAUUUUCAAAUGAAUGUACCUGAUUAUUUUGUUGAGUGUACAGUUAUGUGACCAAAUUUCUAGUCCCGAGUACUUAAUGAAGUGCUUUAAAAAUGUGAAGUUUUAAAGGAAAAUCAUAAUUAGAGCCUAAACAAUAUACUUUCAUUAUUUACUCUAUAAAUAACUACACCUAAACACUAAUGUCUCCUUUAAAACUAUGUUUAUGACCUUUGAUGGCCAAUUCUUGAUCUGAAAAAUAUUUUGUUAAUGGGUCAUUGGUCAUCAAUUAGUUUUUAAUAUGAAGUCCUUACUCCAUUUUGGGAAGUAAAUAGAGUUUUAAACAAAAAUAUUGCUUCUCAAUGUCGUUAUAUGGAUUUAAAAUUCUAAAUUACUGUUUGUAAAAUUUAAAAUAUGUUGGUUCUAUGACGAUUUGUUUAGAAAUAUAAAGUUUGUAAAUAAAUGAAUGAAUAAAUGAUGCUAUAUUUAUUACAAAAUAAU